CACUUUUGUUGUAAGCGAAUCAAUAUUGUUUUUAUAUUUUUGGCCUCAUGUGAUUGGACCGUUCUUAACGCCUCUCAUUACCGCUCAGCAGAUUGUCAUUUGACUGACAGGUACUGAUUAACGUGGAAGCAAGCGAAAUUAUCUCGAGAUGAAAGAAAAUUCGGUUUUAUCUUUACAAGAAUACCCGUUCCAAAGGCGUUCGGAUUAAGAAAAAAACCGGAUCAAGGAGCUUGGACCAGAUCGACCCAACUUGCAAAUUCAGCAGCAGUCAAGUGAUCGCGGUCGAUCUUACACUCGGUGCUUUUCCGGCACUUCUUAUGGAAAACGGAGUUGGCUAGCUGGAUGCGAUGUAAGUCAUGCCUUUUAUUGUUUCCCCUGUUUGCUGUUUCAAAGUCUUGGCACCGAAACGUUGUGGACAACAACAGGGGUUUGCGAUUUAAAACAUCUCUGAUAAGUGCAAGCGACAUGAAAGUAGCUGCAGCCAUCUUGACAACGCUAUGAGGCUCCAGUUUUUUGGGAAGCUUAGCAUUGCUGAACAGCUUGAUGAAGGCUACAGUAUUGGCAUUAGAAGGCACAAUGAAGAGGUCACAAAAAAUCAACACAUCCUGUCUAGAAUAAUAGACUGUGUCAAAUGUUGUGGCGCAUUUGAGCUGGCUUUGCGUGGCCACAAUGAGAGCGAGAGCUCAGAUAACCCCGGGAUAUUCCGUGGCUUGGUCGACUUUGUUGCUUCUCUUGAUGGAGUUUUGAAAGAGCACCUCGAGAAUGCCUCUGUGUUUAAGGGAACUUCGAAAACCAUGCAGAACGAGCUGUUGGACUGUAUGUUGUCUGUUAUGAGGGAACACAUAAUCCAAGAAUCAAUCCAGGCCGACGAGACCACUGAUAUUGCCACACAGUGCCAACUUGUGCUUGUGCUGCGCUACAUUGAUGGCAAAAGCAACGUACAGGAGAGGUUUUUUGCUUUUAUUCAUCUGCAUUCAACUACAGCUGAUUCCAUCGCUACAGCACUAAAAGAGCAUCUUACUGUCAUCCUUCCAGAGGAUCAGAAGAGUAAACUCAUCUCCCAAGCGUAUGAUGGAGCCAGCGUGAUGAGAGGUGCCACUGCAGGUGUUCAAAGGAAGAUUCAAGAUGUGUAUCCAAAUGCCCAUUACAUCCACUGCUAUGCUCAUCAGCUCAAUCUAAUAAUGCAAAAGGCCACUUCUCACAUACCCAAAGUUAGAAUUUUUUUUCUAACCUUGGAGGAUUUGCCAGCUUUUUUCAAGAUCACCCAAGCGCACAGAUGUUCUUGAUAAAGUAGUUGCCCAUAGACUACCAACAUCAAGUAGUGUUAGAUGGAACUUCCACAGCCGUGCCAUCAAUACAGUGUUUGAGCACAGAGAGGGCCUCAUUCGCUGUUUUGAAACUAUUUGAGACUCAGGUGACUUUGACCCUGUUACCACCAGAGAGGCAGGAGGCUUUGCCAUGCUGCUGGAGGAUCAGGAUUUUAUUUUUUUUCUGCAACUUUUCCACAACAUCAUCCCACACGUGGACAUCCUCUAUGCCAAACUCCAGAAGAAGGACAUAGAUUCAGUCCACAUUAAGGGGAGCAUCCAGCAGUUCCAGCAGGACAUACAGAAGAUCAGAAAUUCUCUCCAUUCUCUGGUUAACCAAAGCAGUGAAGGAGCUUCUCAACCAAAGAGGCGGCGGUUGCUUAGUCCAGAUGUCC